CCUACACGAAGAUCGGUCUAUGAGCUCUGAGCUCACUCCAUAAUGGGGAAGACUGGUUGGGUGACCAGCAGACGACCGAGGUGAAUUACACACACACUGUGUAGUGUAGUGAUUAGCACGCUCAUCUUACAAUUGAGAAGGCCCAGGUUGGAAUCCUGGGAAGUGGCUAGGCAAAUAGGCAAACUUCUUAAUGUGUAGGCCCUGUUCACCUAGCACCAAGUAGGUAUGGAAUGAACUCGAGUGGUUGUGGCGUCGCUUUCCCGGUGUGUGGAGUGUGUGUUGUGUUCUCAGUCCUACCCGAAGAUUGGUCUAUGAGCUCUGAGCUCGCUCCAUAAUGGGGAAAACUGGCUGGGUGACCUGCAGGUAAUGGUGGUGGUGGUGAAAAACACAGAGAGAGAGAGAGAGAGAUUUGAAUGAGUUUUCCCUAUUUUAAUUUCUUGGUUAAACAAGGUUAGUAAAUUAAUACACAGGAAGUUCAGUCUCCUCCUCCUCCUCCUUUACCUUCCUCUCUUCGCCAGUAUCACCUAACACUUGCGAGCGGAGAGUGGAGAGUGCAAGUAGAUAGAAUAACAAAAAAAGAGAGCAAGUUGAGGAGUGGUUUGCCUGAGUGGAGAAUGAGAAAAUAAGAGUGCAAGCGGAAGAGCGGUCUUUGAUUUUGAAGUGUCCGCUCCUUCGCUCGUGACUUGGAAGUCCGCUCGGAGUGGAGAGCGGAAAAGCAGAAAUAAGAGCGCUCUUGCCCAACUCAGAUUUUCUUUUCUGUUGACUCUUUUGGUAUGCCAAAAAAAAAAAUAAAUAAAAAAGAGGAACCAUUGCUGUAGCAUCGUCAGUUGAGGAAGACAUCUUGGUGGCGCCCAGAUAAAAGAUUGUGAAGUGGCAGAUGUUUAAGAAUCUUCCAAUUGAGGAUAUUGAAAAAAAAAAAAACUUUUGACAAGCAAGAGAUUAAAGCUAUAGGACGGUAGCUUGAAUGAUUAGAAUGGUCACCCUUUUUAGAAACAUGUUGAAUGUAGGUAAAAUUUCAGCAAAAAGGAAAGGUAAAAGUCGAUAGACAGAGUUUGAGGAGUUUGGCUAGGCAAGGUACAAGCAUUUGAGAACAAUAGGCAAGAUCCCAACAGGUUCAUAAGCUUUCCAAGGGUUUUGGCUAGCGAGGGAAUGGAAACACCAUUAUGAAGAAUUUUAAUUUAUGGCAUGAAACAGUCUGAGGGAGGAGGAGACGGAGGAACAAGCCCAGAAUCAUCCAAGGUGGAGUUGUGAGCAAAGGUUUGAGAGAAGACUUUAGCUUUGGAGAUAGAAGUGAUGGCAGUGGUGCCAUCAGGAUGAAAUAAAAGAGGGAAAGAUGAAGAAGUAAAAUUAUUGAAGAUGUUUUGGGCCAGACGCCAGAAGUCUCAAGGGGGGGGUUGGAGUUUGAAAGAUUUUGACAUUUUCUAUUUAUGAAGGAGUGUUUGGUGACUUGAAGAACAGACUUGGCAUGAUUCCAGGAAGAAAUAUAAAGUGCAUGAGUUUCAGGUGAUGGAAAGCUUAAUUAAGUAAUUUUUGUGGACAACCUCUCUGUCAUAUAUAGCACAAGAACAGGCUGAGUUAAAUGAAGGUUUAGAAUGUUUAGGUUGAGAGAAAGAAUGAGGAAUGUACGCCUCCAUGCCAGACACUAUCACUUCUGUUAUACGUUCAGCUCAGCACACAGGGAUGGAUCUUUGACAUGGAACCAGUACUUAUUGUUGGGAAAAUCAGGAUCUUCAGGAUCCUGAAGAGGGAUUGGAAAAAUAGGACGAGAUACAGAUAUAGGGCCGUACUUUUAAAACGUCCGACUUUGGUGGCGAACGCCUGGCGAAGAUUCGUCAGGCGAGGAUAUGAGUGAGGGUGUCCUUACUUUAAAAAGCCAUGGUGGGCGAUGGGUGUGCCAGGCGAACGAGUGUUGCUUAGCGCUAACAUCUUGUAUUCCUGCUCUAUGUAGCGGGUCAGUGACCGAAAAAGGGCGCAAAAUCCACAUUUGUUUACAUCUGGCUGGCAUCAUGGCUUCUACAAGCAACUCCUCUGCCUCAUCUCGUGCCUCUCCUUUGUCCCUUUUUGAUAAAGAGGCACUUGUGGAUCUCAUUAAAGAACACUUUGAUGUUCUUAAUGACAAGUCCACCAAAUUCUAUGCUUCAAACAAGAAGGCUCAAGCAUGGCAAGAAAUAUCAAGAAAGUUUUGUGACUCCACAGGUCACCAAAAAAUCGCUUGCAGUUAUGCAAGAUAUGGGAGAACAUCAAAGCUAGAAGCAAGAAUGAUUACUCCUGGCACAAGGCUGAGAGGGUUAAGACAGGAGGUGGUAAGCCACCAAAGCCUGUGUAUCUUCUCUCACAAAGUGUCCUUCCUUUGCUGGACAAUGAAUUGGACCCACUAUGCAACACAUGGGACAGUGAUCACAGACACCACACAGUUGUUGUUGAAAAUGAAGCUGGAGGAUCCCGUCCAAGAGGAAAUCCCUCACCAAGUGCCCCAUGGUAGUCCAGCUGCCCUUGCUCAGCCAGUGCUCCACAACGGUCCUGGUGUCCCUCCUCAGCCAGUGCUCCACAACAGUCCCGGUGUCCCUCCUCAGCCAGUGCUCCACAGCAGUCCUACUGGUACAGUGGAACAGCCAGUGACUCCAAGGCCAAGGAAGGGGCACUUGGUAAAGAAGAAGCUGGUACAGGAUGCAAAGCAGAGAGCUUUGAAGUUAGCUGAAGAAAGACAUCAGUGA